ACUCAAAAUCAUCUUUGCCAAUAUUUCUCUUCCACCUUUUGUCUCAUAACCAUGGGUCGAGUUCAAGAAGAGGGAAGCGGUCCGGUUCAUGGCUUCCGCUUAUCAACCGUGAGUGCAUCCCAGCCGUCAGAGACCGGUACGACCCACGAACCCACCGGUUUAGACCUUGCCAUGAAGCUUCACUACCUAAAGGCGGUUUACAUUUACUCGGCCGAGACAGCACGUGACUUGACCGUGAUGCACGUGAAGGCGCCUUUGUUUUCAGUGUUCGACCAGAUCCCAUACAUCAUUGGCAGGUUCAGGCGACACGACUCGGGACGUCCGUACAUAAAGUGUAACGACUGUGGCACACGUUUCGUGGAAAGUCAUUGUGAUCUCACUGUGGAGGAGUGGCUCCAUGUACCGGACCGGUCCGUUGAUGAGGCUCUGGUUUACCAUCAACCAGUUGGACCAGAAUUGGCAUUCUCUCCUUUGCUCUAUAUUCAGAUGACCCGGUUUAGCUGCGGUGGAUUAGCUUUGGGCUUAAGCUGGGCUCAUGUCAUGGGAGAUCCAUUCUCUCUUUCUCAUUUCUUCAACUUAUGGGCUCAAGCCUUUGCUGGUGAGAAGAUCUACUCCCCCAAAACCUCUGAAUUAGAAAGAGUCUUUCAAAACCCGAACUCAACGGUCAAAAAACCCAUUUCAAUCAAACGGGUUGACCCGGUUGGAGAUCUAUGGGUCGCUCCGAAUAACAGCAAAAUGACAACAUUCUCCUUCAAUUUAACGGUUAACGAUCUCAAAUCACAUUUUCCGACGAACGGAGGCGAAUUCGAGAUUCUCACUGGAGUCAUAUGGAAAUGUAUAGCAACGGCGAGGGGAGAAUUAGCUCCGGUGACGAUUACGGUUAUCAGAUCGGAUCCGAAGGAGUUGAAGCCUAGAGCGGUGAGAAAUGGUCAGAUGGUAAGUUCCGUUCACGUCGAUUUCUCGGUGACGGAGACGAGUUUGGAGGAGAUUGUGAAAUCACUCGGAGAAGCGAACGAUGAGAGGUUUGCGAUCGAUGAGAUUGUUGAUGAUGUUUCGGAUUUUAUUGUUUACGGAGCGAAUUUGACGUUUGUGGAUAUGAGUGAAGUUGAUUUUUAUGAGGCGAAAGUUAUGGGGAAGUCACCGGAAUCGGUUUAUUGUAAUGUUCAGGGGAUUGGUGACGACGGAGCUGUGGUGGUUUUACCGGGGGUUGUGGAGGAGGAGAGGGUUGUGACGGUGACGUUACCGGAGGAUGAGAUUGAGAAGGUGAAAUGGGAAAUGAAGAAUUGUGGUUUGAUCACGCCGUUAGUUUAAUGGAGAAUGAAGGAAUUCUUUUAUG